UACGUUAGCGGCUAGCCGUUGCGACAAUUCUUGCUGAAAAUAUUUGUUUUAGUUGGGGGUAAUUAUGCAUUUUCUGUGGAAAAACCUGGUUAGAUCUGGUUCUGUCGUUACACCCUAUCUUAGAAGAAGCUUCAGUGAGAAUCUCCCAGUGCUUACUUUGUAUACCAAGGAGCAAUGUUCACUAUGUGAUGAUGCCAAAGAAAUCUUACAGAAAUUCUCAAAGAAGUUUGUUCUGGAAGAGGUGGAUAUAACCGCACCAGGAAAUGAGGAAUGGAAACAACUGUACCAGUAUGACAUCCCCGUCUUUCACUUCAAUGGCAAAUACCUCAUGAGGCAUCGAGUUGAUGAAAAACUGUUCCAGAAAAAGCUUGAAGAGAAAUCCAUUAUAUGAGCAAGUAUUGUGCUACAAGAUUUUAGGGUAUUUUACAUGUACCUCAAAUAUGGCUGCUCAUGAAGCUCUCUUUAGUUCACCCAUGAAGUUCUUCUCCUCACAACUACUGUGUUUUAUCAAACAGCAGGUAUGCCGUAGAUUGUGGCAUUUCUCACCUAGUUCCAUCCAAAACUGCUCCUCUCAAAUACAUUGGAGGACUUGCUCAAGUAUUCUUCAUGGUGUGCCUCAUCAACAGGAGAGGACUGUUUCAGAGCAACAUGAAGAGAUAAAGCUUCAUAAUGAUGAUGAUAAUUCAGAUUCAAGACCUGUACAAAAGUGUCGCAUCCUAACUGCUACUCAAACCACCACUGGAUUAGAUAGAAUCAAGAUUGAUAAAGAGGAGAGUGAAUGCUUGUGCAAUAAUGCAGAAAGGACCAUAAAGAUGUCAAGAGGUCAUGAAAGCAUAAGAAAUACAGAUCCUUCCUCCUACCAAUCAGAACAAGUGUAUUCAUCAGAAACAGAGCUCCCCAGCUCAGCCAAACCUAGGAGGCCUGUGAACAUCUAUGCAGAUGCCUCAGGUCGCUACGGCCUUGGCUGUGUGUGGGAUAAGAAGUGGAUCGUAAGCCAAUGGGAAGAUGAGUGGCUGUCCAACAACUACCAGUGCAUGGAACUCCUGGAGAUGAAGGCCAUCCUGGUGGCUAUCCUGACCUGGGGUCACGACUGGGCUGGAUCCCUCGUACGAAUCCACUGCGACAACACAAUGGUGGUCGGAUACUUCAAUCACAAGGCGCCUCGACUGCAUCGCCAGGUUUCAAAGGCCUAUGAGUCUAUCAAACUUGCUGCAGCAGAGCUCGGUUUUGAACUGGUCGUGGAGCAGGCCAACAAGUCUCAUGUUCAGUUUCAAGGACCAGAUAGCUUGUCCAAACUGGAUUUCUGCAGGUUUCAUAAGCUGCUUCCAUACAUGAACAGUGUGCCUGAUUUUCCACCAAGUGAUCUGGAGUUCUUGCUGCCAAAUGUGUGGGAAAAUGUAUGUGUGUCUGUCAAACUUAGAAGUCAGGACUGUCUAAUAGGCUGCAGAUGAAUAACAAAAAGACUUUUUCUUUUUGAUAUGAAUUUGUUAAGAUUAAGGAUGAAAUCUGAUAUAUUUUUGCAUUGCAAUGAAUUAAAAUGUGGUUGCCACAGUAUGUCCAAACAAAA